AUGGAAGGAGGAGAGGGACAAGCUGAAGAGGAGAAGAAGCGUCUGGAGGGGAUGAAAGAAGACCGAUUGAAACAAAGAGAAUGUUACUAUAGCAUGUUGACUAACUUGUAUUUUCCCUUUCGACUCACUUCAGUAAAUAAACGUCCUUAUGAAAAAGUUGAUACUAGUGUUCAGGUCCUUGAUAGGUUAAGGAAAAGGGCUAAACCAUCGCUCCCGGAUCCUGAUGAACUUGCUACAUUCCUCGAACAAUCUCUCACAGAUGACAUAAAGAUUCCCCUUCUUAGGGAUGAGUUUGAUACCUUCCUCAUAUCUGGUUAUCAAGAUUCAUGCACGGCUGAAGAUCUAGAGACCCUAUUCCGUGUCAGCGACACUGAGAGUGCUUAUACUUUCAUUACUGGUGUGCUUGGAUCUGCUAUUAUGACCCCCUCACCUGCACUCGAUGGAACUGAAUAUUCAUUUGUCACUCCGAAAUACAUGAGCACCAAUAACAUGCGUCCAGACUUUGGUUUCAUUCUUAACCAAGUGUGCCCAUUUAGAGAGGAGGAGAAGGCUCCCAAUAGCAGAGAAGAG